UUUCAAAUGUUAUGCAAAAAUGACAAUUGUUUUUUGUGUAGCAUUUGACUAUAGUGAGUCAUUUAGGCAAAGAAAAAUGAAAUAGAAUUACUGAAAUAGAAUUAUGGUGGUAAAAUACGGGUGUUAGUCUCCAUGUGGUCUAAGCCCUAUGAGAGAAAUCUUGAUAGGGUUUUCAGAGAAAUGAAGCCAUUUCAAUUUCAUCUUCAUGAAUGCAUUUCUAGCUUAAAAGGAGCUUAAACUCUAAGCCUCACUAACAAUUUACUUGGAAACAGCUUCUGCAUGUGGCUUUUUUCAAUCUGGUAUGGGUUAUCUGCCAGCCUUGUCCCCUACAUCUCACUAGUAGUAGUAAUCCCAUUAGAUGAUUAUUACUGGUAUCCUCAAAGACAGAUUUAGUCAUAAUUGAAAAAGAACUUCAAGUGUAUUUAAUCAACUGUGUGGUCAUUUUAUUAGUGGAGACUCAUGUACCAUAUAACUUUGCCUUAAGUGAAGUGUAUUUAUGGCCUGGGGCUGAAUAGCUGUUAUGUUCCCAGGAGUGGGAAAUCCUUAAGCUUGCAUGAAAUUGCACCAGAAGCAGGUAGAAUUGGCUUUUAGAAGAGAAUUUUUUGUUUUAUUUUCAUACAACUUUUUAAUUUUUUUGGCUAACAGUUGUUGUCUUUGGCUGGUGAUGUGUGAUUAUGUACAAUUUAGUUAGAAAGUACAGAUUCAGAGAUGGAUUAUACAGUGGAAUCUGAAGCAUGGAGAAAGCUGCCACUGAAAAAAAUGCUGGUUUGUAACAUUUUGCCUUCAGUAUACUACCUAAAUAAGGUUUCAUUUAACAUUGUUUCCUGAAGGGUCACUAAAUGUGUGACAUAAAAUCUGAAGUCUUUUCCUUGAUGGAAAGGAUCUUUCCUCACCUGAGUGUUGCCACAUCUACCCCAAAGUGGGCAAGAUGUCAGACAGAGACAGAGAAAUGAACAGUGGGGCAGCAAGAUUUCAGGAAAGUAAUCCAGGGGUUUAAUUUUCUGAUGAAAACCUAUGACGUAUGUCCUGUGUGAAGUUGAAAUCCAUGCCCCAUCUUGCACUUUGCAGUAAUUUCAUUGUUUCUUCCCAAGGGCCUUCUGCUGCCCAUGAUUAGUUUUGCAGAGAAGGGGAGGAAAACUGUAAUAGCCAGCUGGAAAAUGUAAAAUACAUUGUCAUCCCUCAGCACCCUGCUCGAUCAAAACAUGGCAAAGCACAAGUAGGACACCCCUGCUGAGGUGCUGCAGGUAUUCCUUUCUAAGCUGGUAUCAGGGUGGGUGGGAGAACCUGCAAAGUACAGAAAAGUAAAACGUGUAGAUUUAAUUCCUUGUAGGCUUGAUCUGAGUAAUCCUCAUUAGAGCAAACUGAUCACAGUAAGAAAACAGCAACAGAGUCUUACAACUUCUCUUUGGAAUUGGUGCUUCUGCACUGAGAGAUGAGGUGUACCCUACUGUCAGCCCAGUGUCCUCUGGCCUGCGCCCACAGCAAAUUUCAAAUCCCAAGUAGGAUUCUGCUUUGGUUUAUGAAUGCUGGUGCAUUGAACUGAGUUCAGGUUCUUGGUAUUCUUCCAUACGGAUUCCUGUUUUCCUUGUUACAAGCUUUCAAGUGCUUCUGAGGUGCCAGUGUGUUGCUGACUGAUGAACUGACAAUAGCGGCUUUAAUCCACACUGCUUCUUUAGCCUUAUACUUGAUGAUGGAAGAAACAGCUGAACCAAGUACAAAGACCCAUCAAAGCCAAAUAAUUCAGCUAACACGUUUUGUAACCAGUGUUUUUCACAGAAGCAAUAAGAUUAUGUGGAUCAGCUGGUAUGCUUUGUGUCUGGUGAAAAGAAGCUUAUUUAAAUUAAGAGAGCCAGGAAAUCUGUGUCUCAGUCCAGAAGGAAGAUGGGUUCCACAGAAGACCUUGACUAUCCUCAAAUCAUUGUGCAAUACAGCAAUGGAUUUUUAAUCUCAAAGGUUAUGUUCACUGCCUGUGAGCUGGGGGUGUUUGAUCUUCUUCUGGAGUCAGGAAAGCCUCUGCCUUCAGAUGCCAUUGCUGCAGGUCUGAGUGCCAGCACCAUGGGGAUGAAAAGACUGUUGGAUGCCUGUGUGGGAUUGAAGCUCUUGGCAGUAGAGAUGACACAAGAAGGAGCCCUCUACAGAAACACAGAAAUUUCCAAUGUCUACCUUACAAAAUCUAGUCCAAAGUCUCAGUAUCAUAUUAUGAUGUAUUAUUCCAACACAGUCUACUUGUGCUGGCAGUACCUGGCUGAUGCUGUGAGAGAAGGAAGAAACCAAUAUGAAAGAGCUUUUGGUGUUUCAUCUAAAGACCCUUUUGGAGCAAUGUACAGAUCAGAUGAAGAAAUGCUAAAAUUCAUGGCUGGCCAGAACUCAGUAUGGAGUAUAUGUGGCAGAGAUGUUCUUGCUGCAUUUGACCUUUCCCCUUUCACGCAGAUCUAUGACCUGGGAGGAGGUGGAGGAGCUUUGGCCCAAGAGUGUGUUUCUUUGUAUCCAAAUUCUACCGUCACAAUUUAUGACCUGCCCAAAGUUGUGCAGGUGGCCAAAGAACAGUUUGUUUCCCCCGAGGAGCAUCAGAUCACUUUCCACGAAGGAGACUUCUUUAAUGAUUCAAUACCUGCAGCUGAACUGUAUAUUUUAUCCAAGAUACUGCAUGAUUGGGAUGAUGAUAAAUGCAAACAACUGCUGGCAAAAGUGUACAAAGCUUGCAAACCUGGUGGUGGAGUGCUGCUGGUUGAAUCCCUUCUGAAUGAAGACAAAAGUGGGCCUGUAGAAACCCAACUGUAUUCAAUGAAUAUGUUGGUCCAGACAGAAGGGAAAGAGAGAACAGCAGCAGAGUACAGCAAGCUCCUGGAGUCAGCUGGCUUUGGAAUGAUUCAAGUAAAGAGAACUGGAAAACUCUAUGAUGCUGUUUUAGGAAGGAAAUAGUAGUCCAUGUUUUAUGUACAUAGCAAAACAGAAAAGGUUGAGAAAUGUGCUAUUCUCUUCUUAGGGGCCAAUGAUCAACUUAGCUUUUAGUUAAGGCUGCCAACUUUUUUGUAAGCUGAUACAUUGUCAAAAGACUCACUAAUAACACAUCUACAAAUCUGGAAGCCUGGCUUGGCUUGCCUUUGGAUCUGGGAAGGAAAAAAAGAAAUCAACACCUGUUCCACAAGAAACAAUCCACAAAAGAAAUGUGUAGUGUUCCUGCUUCAGCUUGUAUCAGUCUCUCUGAUUUUUAACAAUGUAUCUGACAAAAGCAGAGCUGAAUUUGUACUUGAGUUCCUGCAAAAUAAAACUAAUCCCUGUACUGA